AUGGGUCUCGCCGACUUUUUCUCCGAUAUGAUCUCCUCCCUGAGCUUCCCCGAGGCUCAGGCUGAGGCUCCCGCCGAGAUCGUCGAGCAGAGCAGCCAGGAGGCUGAAUCCGAGGACAAGCCCGCUGUGAGCGAGGAGAAGACCGAAGAAGAGAGCACCGAGAGCACCGAGAGCACUGAGGAAUCUGGUGAGGAGACUCCUGCUGAGGAGGCUUCCGAGGAAAGCCAGGAGGAGCCCGAGGAGGAAGAGGAGCCCGAGGAGGAAGAAGAGGAGGAAGAGGAGGCUGUGGACGUCAAGCCCAAGCUUGAGGAGGGUGAGUCACUCAUUGUCGACCCUGGGCUUUUCCUUGGCCCAUCUACGACGUUGGUCGAUUUGUUGCAUUGCGCCAACAGUCCCCAGUGCGCCCCCUACAAGCACCACUACGACGAGUGCGUUGAGCGCGUAACUCGGCAGGAGGAGGACCCUGACCACAAGGGCCCCAAGGAGGACUGUGUUGAGGAGUUCUUCCACCUCGCCCACUGCGCGACCCAGUGCGCUGCCCCCAAGCUCUGGAAGGCUCUCAAAUAA